AUGGCACCUUGGUCUAGCCGCCUACUUGCUUCUUCGAGCGCACGGAUCGAUUCUGGCUCGAGCAUUGCUACCGUUGGACCAGCACCUGAUUCGCCGACGAGAAUAAGAGGGAGAGCAAAGAUUACGGAGGCAGAUAUCUUGGAUAAUGCGUAUGGUAUUCCGACAUUGACCACGGCCGGUCGGCCAGGUCCCUCGGGUGCGAAUUCCUCAAAUUCCUCCAAACCGACUUCGAGCCAUGGGAGAUCUAUGAGCCACCCUUUCCCGUCGCUGUUUAAUAGCAAGAAGAAGGUGACCGCGCCGACACCACCUGGAAUUGGGUUUUUUGAUGACGACGAUACAUCACCGGAACAUAAUACAGGGGCUAGGUCUUCGAGGGUGCCAGACAAGGAUUUUUUGACGGGAAAGUGUAUGACUUGCAAUUCGAGCGUGAGUUGGCCGAAAGAACUUCAUACGUUUCGAUGCAAAGUUUGUAUGACAGUGAACGAUCUUCAGCCAUACAUCCCAGCUCAGAAUGAUGGACUCAGAGUGGCAGGAGGUGGUAAAUCUACGACUUACUCUGGGUUGAGUAAACCCCAAUUCUCUAGAGUGGCGCCAUUAUCUGUGGAGAAAACUCGAAGAAUUGCGGAACGAUGUAUAACUACCUACCUAAUCAAUCGACUAAAGCAUGACGAAGCCGAUACCUGUAAUACACUGUCGAGUCCGCCAAGGUCACCUACAUUCGAAACGACGGAAUCCCCACAAGAAUAUCAGUAUCCCCGACAUUUCAAUCAACCUGGUUCACAAGCACUUCCCAUUAGACCCCCUCCUGGACGCGGAAACAGUUCUGGAGAUCGCCCAAGUUUAGACGCUCAAAGACGGCCGGGUUCGCGUUCCAUGCCCUACUCAACUUCAUCCCCUGGCAGUUUCCUUGGCGCCCAUAUGGAAAAACGUGAUCGAAUGGGCUCUGGUACUUACUCCAAACAAUUGGCUAGUCAACCGCCAAGUAGAAGUCCUCCGCAUCCACCGGGAAAAUUCGAUGAACCUAUGCACGGAAGACAAGAUAAUGUCACCAGAAACCUCUUUAGACCCUUGGAAGAAUAUAUUACAGUAUCAUUUAGCCAGUUCGAUUGUAUCAAUACUUCGUUUAGUACUAUGCGACAACAUCCCAAUCCUAGGGCAGGAAGUCAGAGUGGUCUAAAGAAUUUUAUGGCCACUAUUCCAGACGAAAAUGAUCCGCAGUCAGAGACUCCCUUGGAAGAACUUGAUCCCCGAAUGUUGAUGCUGGGAGAUAUUGCAGAAAAUGGUUCUUGGUGGACUGGCAAUCAAAAAGAAACCCCUGAAAAAACUCGCGGCCAACGGCCUGUUGAAACGAUACGGACGAAUCCUAAUUGCGAUCUUACUACAGUCAAAUCACCUCGUAUUGACUGGCCUGACCUCAAUGAAUGGUAUCAUGUAGUAUCGCAUCCGGGAAGAAUUUGGCAUCGCAAACUGGAUGAAUUGAUAUCACGUCGAUCUAGCCCGGUCAUUCAAGCGCCCACUGAUAGCGAGCUUGCCGAAAUUGAGGAUACAAUCACAGAGGCUCAGUUGCAUCUCCAGAGAAUUUUGUUGAAGGCUACGGAAAGUCUAUUGAAACGUCCCGGGCGUCCUCUAAAGGAGCCUGAUAAUCUCCGAUUUCUCUUGAUCAUUCUAGCCAAUCCUCUUCUGUACCCUGGAAAUGGUACCGCUUCAAGAAAUACAGGGCCGAGAGCGCCACCAAAUGACCAGAGACCGGAAGCUAGUGAUCUCAAUGUGACUAAAACUAGAGGUCAACCUUUGUCUUCUUCUAAACAACCGCCGAAUGCUACAAAAGGAGCGUCCGGCCAACACUCAGGAAUCAUCAAACGUAUUGUGGGACUGCUUUCCAAUACUCCAAAUGAAUGCCAUCAUCAUAUAGUUUCGUGGUUCGCUAGAUAUCCAGAGGGUCAUUUCCAACGUACCACAGAGUUGGUCGGCAGCUUUGUCACUUAUAGACUCACUAGACAGCAUGGGAAACCUCGCGAGGCUGAUCGACCCGACUUUACUUCUGGCUUAGUCCCUCACAUGAGUUCUAGAGAAUCCCAUAAUAAUGCUGCAGCUUUUCACGCGGCUCUUCAAGCUGGGCAGAGUACCAACAAGAAAAAGGAGACGAAACAAAAAGCCGUUGUAUAUAGUGAUGAUUGGCAGAUCAGGGCGGCUGCUAGGGUGAUGGCACUUCUUUUCUCAGCCAAUAAUAGUGGGUUGCAUAGAAAAGGCAAGUUACUCAGUAGCGUUCAAUCGCCAGCCGAGUAUCUGUCAAAAAGUACGGAACCUAGUAUUGGAACCCCUAUUAGAGGUCUGGCCGCACAUGGACAGAUGUUACCAACAAGCCACUUUUACAAUACCUUGCUCGAUUAUUCCGAUCUUGUCGCUGAUUUUGAGGCUUGGGAAAGCAAGCGUAGCAAGUUUGCUUUUUGCCAAUAUCCAUUCUUUCUCAGCAUUUGGGCAAAAAUCCAAAUCAUGGAGCAUGAUGCUCGACGUCAAAUGGAAGUGAAGGCGAGAGAGGCGUUCUUUAAUAGCAUCAUGACACGUAAACUAGUCAGUCAGAAUCUUCUUUUGCAAGUCAGACGAGAGUGCUUGGUGGAGGAUAGCUUGAAAGGGGUUAGUGAGGUUGUGGGAACUGGUGGUGAGGAGAUCAAGAAGAGUUUGAAAAUAGAAUUCAAGGGCGAAGAGGGUAUUGAUGCUGGUGGUUUGAGAAAAGAAUGGUUCCUUCUUCUUGUGAGAGAAGUUUUUAAUCCUGAUCAUGGCAUGUUCUCAUACGAUGAGGACUCUCAUUUCUGUUACUUUAAUCCUAAUAGCUUUGAAACAACCGAUCAAUACUUUCUUGUUGGGGCUGUUCUUGGUUUGGCUAUCUACAAUUCAACCAUUCUCGAUGUGGCGCUGCCUCCUUUCGCUUUCCGAAAAUUGCUCGCCGCUGCCCCAGCUGCAGCACCCGGUGCAACAUCACAUGCGAAGCCUUCUAUGACAUAUUCUCUGGAAGACUUGGCAGAAUAUAGACCUGCUCUGGCUCAUGGGCUGAGACAACUCCUUGAGUUUGAUGGAGACGUCGAGGAAACAUUUUGUCGCGAUUUCGUAGCGGACGUUGAUCGCUAUGGACAAACAGUCCAAGUGCCUCUCUGCCCUGAUGGGGACAAGAAACCAGUGACGAACUCCAAUCGAAGAGAAUUUGUGGAUCUUUACGUGCGAUAUCUUUUAGACAGUGCCGUAGCUCGACAAUUUGAACCCUUCAAACGUGGGUUCUUUACUGUUUGUGGAGGAAACGCUUUAUCACUUUUCCGACCCGAAGAAAUUGAACUCCUCAUUAGAGGCUCCGAUGAGCCUCUAGACAUAAGUUCUCUCCGCGCCGUCUCAGUGUGUGAAAAUUGGGGACCAAAAGAUGCAGCAGAGCGCGAACCAGUCAUUCAAUGGUUUUGGGAAUCCUUUCAAAAAGCGGAUCCAAAGGAUCAGAGAAAACUUUUGAGCUUUAUCACAGGCAGUUCUUGUAUCCCGGCAAUGGGUGCAGCUAGUUUGGUUAUUAAAUUGAAUUGUUUGGGGGAUGACAGUGAGAGAUUCCCGGUGGCAAGGACGUGCUUUAAUGCGUUGAGUUUGUGGAGGUAUGCGACGAGGGAAAAGUUGGAGGCAAAACUUUGGAGAGCAGUCCAUGAGAGUGAGGGAUUUGGAUUGAAGUAG